AAUUAUUAAAAAAUAAAAAAUAAAAAAUGAUGAUAUAUAUGGAUUGACUUACACAACUUGACACCCCCCUUUCCAAAAAUUUCAGUCAUCGAUUCGCAACUGGGGAGAUAGAUUGAUUCUGGGCUCUUUUAAUCUGCUAUUUGGAGCUAAAAGGGUCGCUUUUGCUUCCGACUUGAAAUCCAGAAGCAAAUGAGUGAUUUUCAAGAUGAGCAGAUUCACGGGUCCCACGAAUCGAAUAAUAUGCAAGAUUUUGAUACGAAAGCGAUGCUAAACAAUCUAUCUUUCCUGGAACAAAAGAUUCACCAGCUUCAAGAAAUGGUGCAUUUAAUCGUUAGGCAAAGAGGCCAAGCCGAUGCAAUCUUGGUCCAACAACAGCAGCUAAUAACUGCCGAUCUCACUUCAGUCAUAGUCCAACUAAUAUCCACUGCAGGCAGUCUCUUACCAUCUCUCAAGACCACCCUUUCUUCAGAAAAUCCGAUCGGCCAAUUUGUGGCGAAUCAUCACUCAGCAAAAGUUUCAGACAACAACAAUAACAACAACGUUGUUAGUCACAAAAUCGAAGAUCACUCAGACCAUGAAAUGAUGAAAAGUGACGAGGAUGCAGACGAAGGAGAAAACCUGCCUCCUGGCUCGUACGAAAUUUUGCAACUCGAGAAGGAAGAAAUUCUUGCACCGCACACGCAUUUCUGCACAAUAUGCGGAAAAGGGUUUAAAAGAGACGCGAAUCUGCGUAUGCAUAUGAGAGGUCAUGGCGAUGAGUACAAAACCCCAGCUGCUCUUGCAAAGCCCAAUAGAGAAUCAAUCUCCGAUCAUCCGAUUCUUGUCAAGAGGUAUUCUUGUCCUUACAUUGGGUGCAAACGGAACAAAGAUCAUAAAAAGUUUCAGCCUUUAAAGACAAUCUUGUGUGUGAAGAAUCAUUACAAGAGAACUCACUGCGAUAAAAACUACACUUGCAGCCGCUGCAAUACUAAGAAAUUUUCGGUUAUUGCUGAUCUGAAAACUCACGAGAAGCAUUGUGGCCGAGAUAAAUGGCUUUGUUCAUGCGGUACAACUUUUUCUAGGAAAGAUAAACUUUUUGGUCAUAUCGCCCUUUUUCAAGGCCAUACUCCUGCUAUCCCUGUUGAAGAAUCUAAAGGGUUUUCUGGACCACCCGAUCGAGGUCAGUGCAGUGGAGUUGACCAACCGGAAGUCAACUUUAAGUUCGAUACUCCAAGUACAAGUGCUUGUCGAAAUGUUAUUAUGGAUGACGAUCCUACGAGUUACUUCUCACCUUUGGAUUAUGAAUUUCCUCGAAGUACAUUUGAAGACUCGGAAAGUUCGUUCUCUUUUAUGUUGUCCGAGUCUUGUGAUUACCUUCCAAAGAAUGGGAUAUACAAUGGCUUAAAUGAUAUGGAGUAGGGUGAUUUUUGUUGUAGUAAUUUGUUUUAAUGCUGUUGUGAUAUUAUAUGCAUGUGUACUAAAACAUGUACUAGUGUUUGUCUCUACACCAAAUAAAAAUUUCUUCAACACCUUUUUGUACCCUGUAACAUCAUUGUCUUUUUUUUUCAAUCAAUGGAAAGGCUUACUUAUUGCAUCC